AUGCCCAAAACUUUACUCCCUCGCGAUGGCCAAGCCAGCGGGUCAAGCAAUGCCGCAUAUAUAGUCUUUGGGUCAAUCAGUGCGCUGGUAGCUAUCCUUGGUUUAUGGAAGGGCUGGUAUAUAUGGAGGAAGGAGAAUCUUGACACGUCGACGCGAUCAAAGGAUAUGGAGAACGGUGGUAAACCUGAUGUCCUACCAGUAGAUGUACCCGCCGACAAUAGCACAACAAUCAGCAAUAGUGGCGUGAAGAUCACCAAAAGUUUUUCGGGUGUCAUCACCUACCCAUUAGCCGUCAGAAUAGUGCCGUCCCGACAUUGA